AUGGAAAACUUAGAUAGCAACGCUUGGGUCUUUGACUCCUUAGUGGGGUUUCUUCAUGGCCCAGUUUGGAACGUUCCGUUACAAACUUUUAUUGAGGAAAAGUCUCUGCAUUUUGAACCAACGGAUAAUGGCGAUGUACCCGACAACCCAGAAUACAAAAAGAUUCAUGAAGAAUAUCGUAACUUGGUGGACGUGAUGCUUGGCUCGUUCAUGGACGACAUCGGAAUCACCGCCGAUCAAUUCGAGGCCGCGUGCCGGCUGUCAGCUCGCGACCUAGCCGGUCUACCAGCCCACUUCCAUCAGAGGCUGUUCGAACAGAUCUGGGCGGCAAACGAUUACGAGAUGUUUGUCAAAAUGAUGACGCACAAAAACGUGGAGUUACAGUUGCAGGCAUUGGAAUUAAUAGAGAGACGUUAUGGAGCUAUGCCAAAUCUGUUUACGUCCGAGCCAGAUUUCGAUCUGCCGUCAACUAACGGUACUGAGGAAUGGCCUGACAACGAUGAUGUUAUGACGGAAAUAAAGAAGUUGCAACUAGAAGAAUUAAAUAAAGAAGAACCAGACGUAGUUUGUGUUCCAGUCGCUCAUGAAGAGGUCGUCGCUGAAAAGAAAACUCUUCUAUCUAAACUGCACAGUUUCGAGAAGAAAGAAGAGACACCGAAAGUGGAGGUGAUCAUUCCAAAGAAGGACUCGGCAAUUCCAGAGGAACCUCCAAAACCAUUGCCUAGAAAAAUUGAAGUAAGUGAAGAGGAAGUACGAGCGCGACAAGAAUAUUUAAAGCAGCAGCGCGAUAAGUUGUUGGCUCUAAAGAAACAAGUGCGCGAGAAAAGACUUGGUGCGGCUGAAGUCAGCGGCGAAUCUGGAGAUGGGGAAGCAUCGUUGGUACAAUUUCCCAGGCCUCGAUCUGCGCGAGUUGCGCAAGCGGCACUGGCUGGUACGCCGCCUCCACCGACGCCGGACGCGAUGCAGCUGCGCAGAGCACUCGCCUCCAAACUCAAAACUGAAGUUGUGGAUACCAACCAUUGA